GUGUCAACAGAUAACGAUAUUAAGUAGAAAGAGACAAUUUUAGUGAUAUCGAAGGAAAUAAAGGGAAGAGAUACGCUUUUGUCAUUUCGUAUCUCGUAAUGAAAUGUGUUGUUGACAGUUAAACAAUAAAAGUACUUAUCUCAAGAGUAUUCAUUUAAGUUUCGAGGUUAUUAUUUUAAUUCCAUUUGUGAAAUGAUACUAAGGGAAAAUGAAGUGAUAGACAAGACCGGCCCGCGCGUCCCUCCGCCUUCCACCGCAGACGCGAGCGCCGCCCUCCGCCGUCGCCGCCAUGUCCUCCUCGUGCGUCCCCCCCAAGAACUGCGUCGUCCACGACCCCGACCCCGGCAGCCACGACAACGAUGACUCCCGCAGCGAGUGCGGCUCCCUCUGCACGUGCACCUCGAGCAGCAUGACCUCCAUCGCCACCUCCGUCAGCAGAGAUCCGAGAGGGUCCUCGGCGUCCCUCGACAACCCGGCCGUGUCCUCGGCGCCCAGCGGCACCUCGGCGACCCCGCAGGCCCAGGAGACCAGCGACAACCCCUUCAUCGUCGUGUUCGUCCCGUCGCAGAUGCUCUCGGGGCGCCAAGGCUGCGGCACCUGCGGGACGUGCUACGGGGAGGCGGCGAUGAAGACGGCGCUGCGGGUGAUCCUCCGGACUUCGUGCGAGUUCUGCCCGUGGGUGGCCGGCUUCGUGAUCAUCUACUACACCUUCUACUGGUGGGGCCUCGGCUCCGGCUUCUCCGCCUUCCUCCUCAUGAUGGGGACGCACGCGCUCAUCCGCUUCAUCAGGGCUCGAAGCAGCUCCAAGUGCUUGCUCAAGUGCUCCCGCAGGGACGACGCUGACGCCCCCAACGCGGAGGAGGAGAGCGGGGAGGAAGGGAGCGGCCAAGAGGAGCAAAGAGAGGAGACAGAAAGACCCCCAGACAUCGCUUUGGAGGAACCACCGUCUUACGAAGCAGCAGUGGUGAAACCGCCGCCCUACGAUCUGUACCACCACCUCACGCCGACUCAGCCCCGCAGCGCAUUGCAGGCGCCCCCAAUCACGGAGAAAAAGCUACACAAGUCACAGUUCCUGGGAUUGCCCAAUUUGCAGCAGCCCCCCAUUGUCACUGAUGACGAAGACGACGAUGUCUUUCUUCCAUCCUACCAGGAGGCCGUCAGACUCUCACUCAAGACUGAAAAAAAGUCUGAGGGCGAGGAAUAGCCCUCAAAAGGAACCCCACGAAGCUGGUAGUACAGACAUCAUCAAGCGCGGAGUCGACGCACCGACUCGGCGCUCGUGGGAGAGGCAGAGAAGGAAACGCCUCCGAAGUCGGCACGGGUCCUCCUACCAGGCUCCUUCGCGAGCCUUACUACAAGGGGGAGUCCGUUUCCACUCUAAACGGUGAAAUAUAGCACUGAACGCUUAAGAAAGAAAUCAGGGAAGGAAGGAAGUUUGGCUAACAUUGGAGUGGAGUAACUCUAACAUUAAUACCAUUAGCCCAACGAUCUUAGCCACCCUAUUUCGUCUUGGAGACCAACGUGAGCUCGGGUGUCUGCACAGGUAUAAGUCACAAGUACACCUGAGCGAGAUAAGCCCAUUCCAGGAGUAUUUAUCCGGGUAUUAAGGUAUUUACCUAAACAGGCUAAAUACCUUUGUUGUAAUUAUACAUGGCAAAGAGUAUGGUAGUCUGUUCUGGGUCGUUGUCCGAAAAGGAAUGCACAAUUAGUCAAUAUAAUUACGGUGAAAUCACAAUUUACAUGGGUGCCAUUAAUCCAGUAGACUAUUCGAUAUUUAUUUAUAACUAUUUCCCAUUUUUCCUCGUUCUUACUCACUGUCCCUAAUCUUCAUAUGCGUGUCUCCUGAACAGAAGGCAAAUAUUCACAUGCCAUUCUUUGUUGUUCCUUUUGGGAGUCAUAGAGGGCAUUGUCCAAUAACAUUUUUUUAUCGAGUCACCAUUAAUUAGGUCUUGGCAUAUUUUCCAGACACUUUUUUUACAUCAUGAUAUAUAUAUUUAUUUAUUGGACUUAAAUACAAACAUAAAAGGCCAGUAUAUAAGAACUUUUGCUGCCGCUGGUGGCGAAGAAAUGUGUUCUUCCAUUUGUACCGAAACGUUGAAUAAAUCUUGUUUAGGUA